AUGCCUCCCCCCCACGAAACCCUCUUCUUCCUAACCGGCGGCACCGGUCCGCGCCCAACACAAGCAGCUUUCUUCGCAGCCGCCGCACAACGGACUGCAAAGACGCAAGAGAUCAGAAGGGAACGCGAGAUGAGGAAAGAGAAAAUGAGGGAGGAGAAGGUGCAGAGGGAUAAGGCGUUGAGAGAUGUCCCUGGUUUGGGGGCGCGGGUUAUGCGGUUGCUUGGGCUGAGGGGAUUGGGGGGGAAGGGGGUUCGGAAGGGGAGGGGUGUUGAGGGGGGACAGGUGGAGAAAGGCGGGGAUGCUUCAAGUGGUGGUGGUGGUGAUGCGGGGAAAGAUGGUGGUGGGAUAUCAAAGGGGGAGUUGCCAAAGGAUACUCCUGCUAUUAUGGAACCAGAGAAAGGGACAGUUGAGAAUGAUACUGUUCAGUCUGCUGGUUAUGAUGGUGGUAUCCUUUCUCAUGGUGAGACCUGUGCUGGUGCUCACCAGGGAAUGCCAGGUUUAAAUCUCGACGGCGCCGGCGACGAUGGGCAUAUUAAUAUUGGCGAAAUCCCUCAUAGACAACAUGAGGAAGUGGAAAUGCUCUUCGACGCAGAAGAGGUUAUAGCCGCGGGGUUGAAGUUUGAUGGCGACAACAACCCCGAAGAUAUCCAGCCUCCGAUCAUUGUUCCAGCUCCUAGCCCUGACAACGAUGCCAAAGGCGGCUGUGAUCCUGGGCCAAAUUUAUUGCAAGUCCCUCCGAAGGAUACGCAGCCUGAAUUAGAAAUCGAUAUAAACCCCGAUGACAUCCGCCAGCCCACUAUCGUUCCCGCUCCAGACGCUGGCGACAAUUUAGACUGCAACCAUAACGAUAGAUCGGCCCCGUUGCCUGCUCUUCUCAAGAAUACGCUGCCAGGAUCCGAGAGCGACAUCAAGCCCGGCAAUAUCAGACCCCCUAUCAUCGUCCCAGAGCCUGACCCCGGUGACAGUUCCGAUCCAAUCCCUUCGAAUCAUGCGCCAUUGGAAUCAGAGGGCGAUUUAAACUCUGAUGAUAUCAAAUCUCAUAUGUUAGUUCCAGCCCCUGAUCCUGAUGACAGUGCCGAGGGGGACGUUCCCAAAGAUGAGCCGGCUGAGUUAGAGAGCAGUAUCAACCCCGAUGACAUCCAGGCUCCCAUCAUAGUCCCGACGCUAGAUGCUGAUGACAACGCUAACGGUUCUCAUAAUCUCCCACUGGAGAUACCGACAAAUCUUCCAGUCGUCCUUACGCCACACGACGCGGACCUCGACGUUCAAAUCCAGCACGAUGUGAGGGAUCCGUUCUCACCAACUCCGCAUCUUCCACCCCCCUGGGAGGUCACUAAUAUCCCAUACCCACAUGACGGAAACGAUCCAUUCGCGCCAACACCGCAGCACCCGCGUUCCUGGGAGCGCCCUGAUGAAAUGUUUCAAGCUAUCCAUUCCUCGCCACCACCUCAACUCGGUCUUAUAACGCCCUCUGAGGCCUCGGAAACGCCACAUCCUAGUCUCCCAAUCCUAUCUCCAGUUUCCGCGGAAUUUGGCCAGCGGAACACGCCAUCCCCUCAUAUUGAUCUUCCUACUCCUUCUUUCUUCCUUUAUGAAGCUAGUUCACGUGCUUCGUCGAGGGCACCAAGUGUCCGCGAUGUGAUUGUUGAACAAUCUCCGGUUUCAUCACCGGCGUUUGAACGUAACGGCCUCGAUGCCCACCUAGUCCCUCUCCCAGCGUCUCGCGAGCCUUCUGUUGUCGGCCCAGUGAGGUCUUUGGGUAAUCAUAUACCGAUAAAUGAUGUUGAAAGUCAUGGUAUCAAUAGCGCCGAAAUGAGGUUUGCCGCAGGUACGGAAGAUGUAUCACACCGCGUGUUAACGUCAAAGUCUAGCUACACCGGUAACAAAAUGGGAAACUCAGUUAAUGAGUCCUAUGAUCAAGCUAUAACUCAUCCUUUGCCAUCUAGAGAAGUGGCACAACAAACGAUGAAGUGGGUAAGGAGUGGCGGAGGAGGUUGGAGCGGCGAGUGGAUGAGAGUUAUAGAGUAAGAUAUUACUUGGUAUAUGAGUUGCCAUGUGCGUGGAUUAUUAUAGAAGGAACAGAAACGAGAAGAUACUAAUUCCUUAGUCUAAUCCUUGAUGUUGAGCUUAACUAUCUUCUCUGCAGCUGUGUCAUCGAGGAGAUCAUGUAUCCUCGCCUCAAUAACAUCGUCAGACAUCUCAGUACUGAAGCCCCAAAAUCGGAUUGUUGGCUUAAGAAUCAGCAACACUAACGGUAAGAUGAGAUUGUCAUGCGGACCAGCUAGAACCUUCCCAAGAUUUAUAAUUCUGCCACAGAUGUCGUCUAUCUCAAGCGUUUGUUGGACUACUUUGUCACGGAACACCUUAAUAGUAUAGGACCAGACGAACGUAGAAGAAAUAACAGUAACAGGAGACGGAUACAGUUCUUCCCACUUCACCCAUCUUACUAAGCCGUUGUCGGGGAUUUUACCAACAGACACAUACUCGUUGCAAUUUUUUGCCCAUCGUGAGACGUCUUGUGGGAUC